AUGGAAGGAGGAUAUUCAACAGAAAAAGAAAAUUCGAUCGAAAAUGUUCAGAGAAAUAUGGUAGGUUUUAUAUAAUCAGUGUUGUUGAAGAUUGAUUACAAAAUACAAUUUAUUCCAGAUUCUUAUGAAAAUCGAAGCUGAUGAAAAAUCAAGAUUUGAAGAAGAUAUAAGUUGCAUGGAUAAUUCAGUUGCUGAAAAUUGGGGCAAAUCUGAUGCUUUGACAAGUUCGAUAACAAUUGAUAGUUGUAUAAAUAAUGUUGAUAAAGAAACUGAAGAAGAAACUGAAAUUAAUUCCAACAAAAGUUAUUAUCAAUUAAUGGAAUUGAAUAAAGAUCCAGUUGAUCAAACACCUCGACUUUCACGUGUUCCAUCACAAUAUCAAUUGGAUGCUUUGUCUGAAAUGUUUCUUUUUGAUGUUCCACAACAAUACGUGUAAGUUAACAAAUUACAGUAAUCCCAUAAUUUUGCCACGCGAAAUGUACCACGCAAAAUAUCAAGAUAAUUCGAUUUUUUGGUAUGAUAAAAUUAUAUUUUGUACUAGAAUUCAAAGUAACAGACUAUCUUCAAAUUGAUCUUAUUUUGUUGCAGUAUCAAAUGUCAAAAGCCUUCUGAAUCUGCUUACAUUGCAAAUACACAAGAACGAGUUGCAGCUGGAAAUGAGAAUGGAAUGACACCUUAUUAUGUCAACUCUGAAUAUGUUUCCGAAUUGCUCAUGUAG